AUGACCAGCAACAUCGUCUUCUUACCCAUUUCUAGAGUACGAGAAGGCUAUUUUCCGUCCGUCCCUUCUCUACUUUUGUGCCUAACUUGCAGCAGUUCCCAGAUCCACCUGCAAAGCUGCAACGUUGUUCCAUUAGCAAAUCAAGACUGUCGUCAAACAAGCUUGGCAAGCAAAGAAUUUCAAACUGGUGAAGAUAUGAUCGUUGCUAGCGCUUCUACAACCCAUCGGUGUAUUACUAAAAUCUAUCAGUUGUCGAAUAGAUCAUCCUCUAUCUUCGGCAGCCUCCUUUCUAUAUUGCCAAAGCAAUGUAGAAAUUAUAGCAUUGUAAACAUAGAUGCUCGAUGGUGUCGAUCAUCGGCUGUUUCUCUUGGCAACGUUAUUUCAUACCGUCAAUAUCAACCAAAGCCAGCGAUAUUGAUGAUUACUCAACUUUAUUCCACGGAUAGUGACAAUGAGAAGAAGCAAUUUCGAAGUGCUCUAACAGAAUCGGAUUCUAGGGCGGAAACUCAACUAAGUACUGCGAGAAAAGUUGCUAAAGCCGGUAAGGAUGCAAGCUACUUUGGAGUUAUACUAAUUGGGUUUGGUAUUACAGGUAUCCUCUUCUGGAGCGUUUUUAGGGAAUUAUUCUCCAGUAACAGUGCCAAUAAUAUAUAUUCUCAUACCCUGAAAUUAGUCAAGAGUAAUCAACAAGUUAUUGAUGCUCUUGGCACUCCAAUAACAGCUCAUGGCGAUCAGUCAGGAAGAAAUAGAUAUCGAAAUAUUAGUAGCCAAGAAUAUAUUGUCGACGACGUGAACUAUAUGAGAGUAAGAUAUUAUAUCAAUGGUACAAGGAAUAAAGGAACCGUACACGUCGAUUUGAAAGAGGUAUCAAGAGGUAACUACGAUUAUCGCUAUAUUCUUGUGGAAUUAACAGGAUAUCAAAGAGGAACAAUUAUGGUUGAAGACAAUCGCUAG